AUGCCUUCUCUCAAGGCUUGCCUCGCGUCUCUCGCGCUCGUUGCGCUUGCCUUUGUCCCUAUCAACGCGUCAGUGGCCUCUCCAGUCGACCUCGUUGCACGCGGACAGCACGCUAAACGAGCCAUCAAGUCUUCCGCUGCUGUUGCUCGUCGUCGGGCUGCGGCAAAGGCGCUCAAGAAGCGUGCUCGUGCUGGCCGGACAACGAUGGGCCAUCGCACAGGUCCCAAAGGCGGCGCCGGCGGCGCAGGUCCCGUCUCACUGACCAACCCUUACUCGCCCGAUUCUCCGUUCCUCAACACCAAGGCCGCCCUCGCCGCUGCCAAGAUUCGCUGCGGUGCCAACGCCAUCUCUCGCUCGAAAGGCCCAGCUCCGCCCGCCGAUGCCAACUCGUUCUGCAUCAAUGGCUCCUGCACCUUCCGCUGCAACGCGGGCUUCGCUCCUGGCGGUGCAGAUGGCACGCAGUGUGUCCCCUCGUCAACAACCUGCGGCGCCAACACAUGCACCGUCCCUCAAUUCGGCUACGCAACGUGCAACGUCGACGGGACCUGCAACAUCGGUUGCGCGGCUGGCUACACCCGCUUUUCGCAGAACGCCGACGGGAGCGGUCCCUACGCCUGCUUCGCCGUUGGCGAUGAUCCCGCCAAUUGCGGUAUGCCUGGAAACGUCUGCCCGCCUUCGUACAACGGUAUCGGCAAGCCUGUGUGCAGGAAUGGUACAUGCCGGGUCCACUGCCCGCACGGCUACGCUCUUCGCCGGGCAAAGUCCGUCAACUCGCCCUUCUACUGCUACAAUGGACCAGCCUCAUUGAGGCCGUGA